GCUCUCCAAAUGGUAUCCUACUCAUCUCCGCAUACUCUCACAUCUGGCUAGGUCGUAUCACGAUAGCACCCUGUCUAGAGAAGGGGGUGCUGGCGGUCAGCAAAUGAGCCAGGAUAGGGUGGGGAAGCCAUGGACGAAGGAAGAAGACGAACUUUUGAUUCAAGCUGUCUCAAUACACGGUGAAGUUGACAACUGGAAGACAGUAGCACUCUCAGUGCCGGGAAGGACAAAUAAAGCUUGCAGAAAGCGAUGGCUUCAUUCGCUUUCCCCCUCGGUCAAGAAAACGGCGUGGACGCCUGAAGAGGACAAACUCCUCCUGUCUCUUUAUGCUACCCAUGGGACAAAGUGGUCUGUUAUUGCUAGGCAUAUCUCUGGAAGAACCGAUGAUGCCUGCUCGAAACGGUACCGAGAAGCUUUGGAUCCGACUCUGAAAAAGGAUGAGUGGACUUCUGAAGAGGACGGUCGGCUUCUUGAUGUGUAUGCUAGGCUCGGAGGUAAAUGGGGUCAGGUUGGACAUGAGCUCAAUCGGAGUGGACUUGCUUGUCGUAACAGAUGGCGGAUGCUGGAAAGGAGAAAGGCUACUCUAACUGCGAAGAGCACGUCGCAACAGCCAACUCAACUCCCUAUUCCCACCCCUCCUCGAGCUCCAGAACCAAAUUGGAUACCUCCAAUACCUAUUCUCGAUCCUACUCAAUUCUGGGACAACCGUCCUGCUGGAUAUUAUGACCCUCUACAUUAUCAUGCGUCAUCCUCGCAUGAAGAGUCAUACGUUCCUCCUCGUUUUGAACCACCUGCUAACACUCCAAGUGGAUCGAACAACAUUCAGUCUGGCUCUUCUUCUAAUCCACCACCUUUCCAGUUCACGUCUUCAUCCUUGAGUGCCGCCCUUUCGAUAUCUACCACCGCUAAUAAUCCUCAGGAGAUACAUCUCAAUCAUGAUCAUUCUGUAUCGCCUACUUCUCAACACGCUUCAUCGCUUGAUGGCGAGCCACUUCAAGAUACACCUUCGUUCAGCCCGGGACCUGGAUACGAUGCCUCUGAAUUUCUUUCGCAUUCUCAGGAUACCCUUCUUGGACAAGAAUUCGAUCAUGAUCCUAUACCGCAAUUCGAGGACUACGACCGGCCAAGUAUGAACAAUAUAGAUAAUAUAAACGUUAUUCCACCGGUUGCACCAAAUGUACGUGAAGAGCAUAUGGAGAUUCCUGCUCCUCAACACUCCGCUAUUUCUCGAGAAACUUUCUCGAGAGAGGAAGAUGGACAACCUAUGUCAACUGAGACUACGAACGAUGUUUCGACCCAACAGGUAUCCGCUCCAGAGGCGGCGGCUGCACUUGUUGAACAUGUGACGUCUCAAGGUGCUGAGCCCGCUUCUCAACCUGACCCUCUACGACACUACCGAACUACCCGGGAGAAGACCAAGAAACAACCCGUUCAGGUGCACCGGCGUUCAGAACGAACAGGGGACCCGCCGAAGCUAUCUUCCACUCUUCCUGCAGGCUCAGAUCCGAAUAUUCUAGCCUAUGCUUGUGGUCACGAGGAUUGUUGGCCUGGUAUUGCUUCGUCGAGUUCGAAUUGCUUCGCCACUUCCCAGGAGCUUUCUGAGCAUUGGAAAGAUGAUCAUGCUGGUGCAAUUGUGAAUAGUAAGCCUUUUAGAUGUUCAUUGGCCGGAUGUGGUGGAGGGUGGAAGAGUUUGAAUGGAUUGCAAUAUCAUCUUCAAAUUUCGAAAGUUCACUUCCAGCAAGCUCUAUCCGCGACUGCCAUUAGUUCACACGAGGCAAUACCUACCCCCACUGAUGAUGGCCCUCCGAACAAUCAAAGCAAGAAGAAGACAUUCAAAUGUCCACACCCGAAUUGCCUACAUCAGUACCGGCAGAAGAGUGGCCUUCGCUAUCAUUUGACUCAUGGACAUCACGAUGAGAUGCCGGCUCAGUUAGACGUGGUUCCUCCGACUCUCGCUCGGAAGGUAGCUCAAACGGUACAGGUUACUGUUGCUCCUGAGUAGAUUCAGGCCGCUCAGGCUUCACUUCGGGUUCGACUCUCGGCUUUGAUGCUCUUGUUCGCAUGGAUAUUACUGUUUGUUAAUUUGUAUAUUACGAGAAGACCAUUAUUUGGACACCUGACGCUGUAGAAACUUAUAUUCCUUUCUAUUAUUUCGCAAUGUCUUGCCAUUGCGGUUUGCUUGCC